CUGUUAACAGCUGUUUAACAAAUCUAGGAAAAGAUUUUGAAUCGUCUCUUACUGUGACGGCUUCACAAUGUCCAAGUUCAUCUACUUACCUUUUAUUGUGUUACUGUCGAGUGUUUUGCUGACUGAACAGGCUUCAGAACCCAAUUGCGCUGGCAUUGCUGACUUUGAUAAUUGCUUGGAUAAUACAGAAGGCUUCUGCCCAAAUGAUGUUGCUUGCGGAUGUAAAGACAGCAAACCUUAUUGCAAAUGCCCUUACUACCGAGGUCUCUGGGGAGAUUACUGGUACAUGGGUCACAAAUGUGAACAACUCUGGAAUACUUUGGACUUGAUUUUAGUAACUGUACUUCCUGCAGUAGCAUUGGCUUUCCUGGUUGGUGUAAUUAUACAGUGUGUUUACUACUGUAAAAACAAGUCAAAUAAAAGCGAUAAAAGAUCUAGGAAACAGGCAAGACAAAGAGAACUUGAGUCACAGCAGAAUCCUGUGUUUGUUCCUGAGGUGGCUGAUAACUCGAGAUAUGUUUCUCAUCCACAAUUGUCUCAGGAUAACUGGACCACAGAUAAUAUUAAAAUGCCAAAAGCUCAACUGAAAAACCAAAGUUUUGUCCAACCAGGUGAAGUAGGAAGCUCCAGCUAUAUACCACAUCAGCCAUCAGGAAGACCAGUGCCAACAGCAGAUAGUUAUUUUGGCUUCCAAUCUCAUCAGCAUAACCAGAACAGUCAUUUUCCUGAUGUGGAUUAUGAAGAGAAUGGCCCCACUCCAGUUCUACCUGGGAGGCAAUUUCCUAAAUCUGGCAUACCAGAAUUUUCUAGAUUUGACAGGUUUCAGAGUGUUGCUCAACCAAUGGCCAAUCCAAACUCAGGAAGACCAGGAAGACCUUAUGAAAUUGGACGCUUGCAGAAAUAUAUAUAACUACAAGAAAGCUUUAUAAGAAAGGGAACAAAUAUGGAAUAUUACUCAUUGUAAAACAAAAUUCAGGUUGUUUCUGAAAAUUCAGGUUCUUCUUUUGUUUCCUAUCUGAUUGAAAUAGUCCUAACUUUGUUUCUGAAGACUUGCGUGCACAGAUGGAAAUCUAAGUAGAGCCCAAACUGUUGCAUAUCUGUCAAAACAUCAAGAUUUUUUUAUGCUCACUAAAUGAAUUUUGUGCAUGCAUGACGGGAAAGGUUACACACUUCCCUCCUACAGAAUAACUCAUAAGAAAGAAAAAGAUGCUUCUAGGUUAACACAAAAAUCCAUGAGAAAUCCAACAUUCUUUCUCCAAGAGGACGAUCUAGAGUCGCAUGAAGGAGAGAGGAAUCGUGGUGACCAAUCAGCCCAAUGUUCCACAAGAAAUACUGUUUCUAGUUAAGGGAGAUUGGGGAAGAGAGAUGGUGGUUUGCAUCUGAGUGUUGCUUUUCAUCCCUCUGUCUUCUUUGUGGAGUUUCUUCCACCGCCAUGGUGUCAUAAAUAAAGCCUUGUGCAGAUACAAAAUUUGUAUCCGCAUCUGUAUCCCUAAAAAUUAGCUAUGGGUUUCCACAUUGACAUCUGCAGAUGUAGAUACUCAUGGAUAUAAAGUGGAUAUCUGCAAAUUUGCAGGAUUCUAGAUACAAAAUUUCUAUCCACAUCCAUAUCCACAAAAAUGAGCUGCAGAUAUCUGCAUUCACAGAUGCAGAUAUCAGCGGAAAUAAAGCGGAUAGCCACAGAUUUGCACGGCUCUAAUCAUAAGGCAUAUUUCUACUCCCCUACAUGGGACUGAAGACAUGGAACAGAAGUUAAUGCUAUUGAGAGGAACAUUAAGUCCCAUAAGGUUUUGUUUUCUGAAAUUACACAAGUUCCUUGUGACAAUGUGUCAUGUAAAAUGGUUGCUCCCAUACUCUGACUUCUUCACAUUUCUCAUUUCCUUAAAGCACAAGAAUUUACAGAAACCUAAUUACAAAUUGGGAUUGUAAACUAAAUCUUUAAUGUUGUACAUACUGACUACUUACAGAAUUAGAAGGCUAAAAUCUAUUAAUACAAUGCAAACCCAGUGACUUCAGUUAGUUUUGCAUGAGUGUAGAGAAGCAAAUUUAGCUAGAGAUUCCAGUAAAUGCAAGAAUUAAGUUCAACAAAAUUCUGUAUAAACUUCCCCUUUGUUCCUUUUUAUGGAUCCACUAUCUUCUCCUGAUCUGUAGCACUGGACAGAUAUUUCUAUAAUCUAACCACUAGUUUAAUCUCAGGGCAAUAUUCUUCUGUCUGCUAACAUGAAACUGCUAAUUUCAGAAACCUGGGCAGAGUUUCCCUGUACUCAAAAUGAUGUCAAACCUCCAUAGUAAUUUGGACAGAGGGAAAAGAGAGGGUAAACUUUUGAGGAACAUGACUCUACAGCUAUCUGUUCAGAAGUUAAUACUGUUUCAAUUGACAUUGCCUCUCUCUGGCUCUUUCUCUAUGGCUACACUGCAGAGAAAAGUCGGAAAAAGAUAUGCAAAAUGCAAACUGCGU